UUCAGGAUUUUCCGAGCAUUACGAAACGUUCCGGUCCGCCACCGGGAUAAAGCGGCGUGAUCCGUAUCGGGCGCCUAAGAGCCUCGGUGUGAAUGUGAUCUCUUCUCUGAGGGGUCAGGAUCCCAGACUGACUGCCGAGUUGACGCUCCUGGGAAGCGAAUGAAGAAACACCUGCUGCUUCUUUUCAAAUACAGAGGACUUGUGAGAAAAGGGAAAAAGAAUAAAAGGAGAAAAUGGCCAAUUUUAUAUUGCGGAAAGCGGAACCCAGGGACGUACCGGACAUAUUGCGACUCAUAAAGGAACUUGCAAAAUUCGAAGAGAUGGAGGAGCAGGUCGUGUUGACGGAGACAGAGCUGCUGCAGGACGGAUUCGGGGAACAACCGUUUUACCACUGCAUCAUGGCCGAAGUGCCGGAGGAUCGCCGCAGCUCAGACGGUCACACGGUCGUUGGAUUUGCCAUGUACUACUUUACCUAUGACCCCUGGAUUGGCAAGAUGCUCUAUCUGGAGGACUUCUACGUGAUGAAGGAGUACAGAGGGUACGGAAUUGGGACAGAGAUCUUCAGGACCCUGAGUGAGACGGCGGUAAAAAGCCGCUGCAGCGGCAUGCAUUUCAUCGUGGCCGAGUGGAACAAGCCGUCCAUCGAUUUCUACAAGCGGCGCGGCGCGUCCGACCUCUCGCACGAGGAGGGCUGGCGGCUUUUCGAAAUCGACAAGGAGUACCUGCUCAAGAUGUCUGCCAAGUAGAGGCCCGGGUCCUCGGGACCCGCACAGCUCACCGGAUGCAGUUAGAAAGAAUAACUUCUUUCACCUUGACUUUUAGAUUUGCUUUACACUACGACUUGAGGCAGUUUGAUAUUUGAGACACCGCCCUGAAUUAUCAAAUCUAAUAACCAGCAUGUGAAAACGGAAUAACAGCAGCUCCCUGAGUGAUAAAACAGAAAUAUAUACAUAACACAAAGGGAGAUGAGGGCUGGAUUGUAUUUUAUCAUUGAUCUCUUUUUAGAUAACAGCAGAGUACAGAAGGCAGAAGGAUCAUUAAAUAAAAUGUACUGAAUUGAAAA